GAAGUAGGCGGAUAUAAAAGCAGAGGCCAGGGGCAGAGCGGGUACUCGUGUAGAUUGGGAAGAUGGGUGCGGAUGUGGUGCGGCUGGCCGCCUUGGCUCUGUCUCUCCCUGUACUGUCACUAUGUGAUCCACUAUUUGCCCUGACCGCGCCAAACGUGCUGAGACUUGGCACAAGGGAGAAUGUGUUUGUGGAGGCGCAGGGGUAUGACGGAAAUACACUUCAGGUUGAAAUCCGGGUCAAAGAUUUUCCUGCCAACCAAGUGCUAAUCUUGUCCCAAACAGUCACCCUGAGCAAAGAGAAAAACUUCCAGCAUAUGCAGGAUAUCCUGAUUCCUGAGAGAUAUUUUGAUCCCAAAAAAAAGCAGUACGUCCAUCUGCAAGCUAUUUUUCCAGAUCACGAAGUGGAGCAAGUCGUUCUGGUCUCCUUCCAGCCAGGGUAUUUAUUUGUGCAGACAGAUAAACCCAUCUAUAAUCCAGAAGACAUAGUUAAUUACAGGGUCUUUGCCAUGAACCCUGGUUUGGAGCCAAUCACAGAUGGCGUUACUGUGGAAAUCAUGAAUCCUGAUGGCAUCACACUCGAACAUGAAUUUUUGUAUCCUCCCAAUGGGGUCAAAUCUUCAAAUUACAAACUCCCAGAGAUUCCCAGGUUGGGGACCUGGAAGAUAGUGUGUGGAUUUGGAAAAAGCAGAGACAACCUUUUUACUGGAGAGUUUGAGGUCAAGGAGUAUGUACUGCCAAGCUUUGAGGUGAAGCUGACACCAAGACGGAUGUUCUUCCAUGUUGAAGAUGCUGAACUGAUUGUUGACAUAUCUGCCAAAUACCUGUAUGGGAACGCUGUUUCUGGGAAAGCGUUUGUGGUUUUUGGUGUGCUAAUGGACAAAGACGAGAAGAGGAGCAUCCCUGCCUCCCUGGAUAAAGUAAUUCUUAACUCAGGAAAGGGCACGGCCAAGUUAACAAGACAGCAAAUCCUGACGACCUUCGAGAACAUCGGACAGCUAGUCGGGCUGUCUCUCUACGUGUCUUUCAGCCUCAUGACAGGCAGUGGCAGCGGAAUUGUGGACACAGAGAGAAGGGGGAUCCUGAUAGUGACCUCACCCUACACCAUCCACUUCAAGAAGACGCCCACCUACUUUAAACCAGGAAUGCCUUUUCAUGCUUUGGUUUACGUCACAAAUCCAGAUGGCACACCUGCUAAAGGCAUUGCUCUGGAGGAAUUGGGCACAAAAUCUUUGGGCACAACGAACAGAAACGGGGUAGCAAAGUUUUCCAUCAACACCCCGGAAGGCAUUAGCACCCUGUCAAUCACUGUGGAGACCAAGGUCGAUGGGCUGAGUACUGAGCAACAGGCGAAACGACAGAUGCAGGCACAGGCCUACAAGCCACAAGAAGGCUCAAAUAACUACCUUCACAUCAGUGUCCUAGGAAAUGAAUUUAAAAAUGGAGACAACCUGGACAUACACUUCGACAUUCUGACCAGCCCAGGUGCUAAGGAAAAGACAUUUGAUCUCACAUACCUGGUAAUCAGCAAAGGGCGGCUAAUUCGUGCAAACAGAUACAACAGAAAGAAUGUGCAGAUGAUUGCCUUAAAAGAGAAAGUGACCAAAGACAUGCUCCCCUCUUUCCGAAUUGUGGCGUACUACCACAUGGACAAGGAAGUGGUGUCGGACUCUGUGUGGGUGGACGUAAAGGACACCUGCAUGGGAACGCUCAAGGUGACUUCAGAAGACAAGAUAAUGCAUCGGCCAAAUUUCCCCCUUACCUUCACCAUCACCGGUGACCCUGGGGCAAAGGUGGGCUUGGUGUCCGUGGACAAGGGUGUCUAUGUCCUCAACAAUAAGCACCGACUGACACAAACUAAGAUCUGGGACAUUGUUGAAAAGCAGGACAUAGGCUGUACCGCGGGUAGUGGUCGUGACAGUAUGGGAGUUUUCUAUGAUGCUGGGCUGGUGUUUGUAUCCAACGAUGGUGGGACCACAGCCAGAGCAGACCCCGAGUGUCCUGUUCUCCCCAGCAGACGGCGGCGCUCGCUCGAAUUGACGGAAGUUAAACACUCACUAGUGAGGAAUUACGAAGGGCAGCUGAGGAAGUGCUGCACGGACGGCAUGGUGGCCAAUCCCAUGGGCUACACGUGCGACAGACGCGCCAUGUUCAUCGAGGAGGGCGAGGAGUGCAGAGCAGCGUUUGUGCACUGCUGCUCGGAAGUGGAAAAGAAAUCCAAGGAAGCAAGGGCUGGCGAACUGAUACUUGCACGCAGUGAGGAACAAUACGAUGACGCCAAGGCAUUCGAUGAAAUAACGCCACGCACAACAUUUCCUGAGAGCUGGCUAUGGACUGAGAUAGACCUGCCAGCAUGUCCAGACGAGAACUCAAAGUGUGAGACGACAUCAGUGCAAAAGGAAAGCUUAAUGGGUGGCUCCAUCACAACAUGGGAGGUCACUGCUGUCAGCGUGUCCAAAGAUUACGGUAUAUGUGUGUCGGAUCCCUUUGAGAUGAAGGUGACAAAAGAUUUCUUCAUCGACCUGAAGCUCCCCUACGCUGCAGUCCGCAACGAGCAGUUGGAAAUAAAAGCGGUGCUUCACAACUAUUACCCUUUUGAAAUAACGGCCAGAGUUCAACUGUUUGAGACGAAGGACGUGUGCAGCACAGCCCGGGGGAAAAGAAAGUCCAUAGAAAUGGUGACAAUAGAUGAAAUGUCCUCCCGGGCUGUCCCGUUUGUCAUCGUCCCCAUGGCCAUCGGUACGCCCAGCAUUGAGGUUAAGGCCUAUGUCCUAAACCAAGGAUUUAAUGAUGGCAUCAAGAAGAAACUUCGUGUGGUGGCUGAAGGACAACGAAUGGAAAAAAAGGUCAAGACCAUCUUCUUGAAUCCAGCAGUGUAUGCAGGUGGAAUACAGAGUGAUACCAUCUCCCCUGUUGAUCUGAAGCAUAUUGUCCCCGGCACACACCCGGAGACACACAUCAGUGUGACUGGUGAGCUUCUGGGCCAGUCCAUUAACGCAGCCAUCAAUGGAGAAUUUGUGACCCACCUCAUACAACAGCCCGGGGGCUGCGGCGAGCAGAACAUGAUGACAAUGACUGGACCUGUCAUCGCCACACACUACCUGGACAAAACGCAGCAGUGGGAGAAAGCGGGGCUGGACCGUCGAGCUGAGGCUAUCAAGCACAUCAAGCACGGGUACAAUCGGCAGCUGGGCUAUCGGCAGAGUGAUGGUUCUUACCACGUUUUUCGUAAAACUAAAUCCAGCACCUGGCUGACAGCAUACGUGGCUAAAGUUCUUGGAAUGGCGUACAACCUCAUAACCGUUGGAGAAGAUGUUAUUUGUAGCGCCCUCAAGUGGCUGGUCCUGAACGCGCAGCAGCCAAAUGGCAUGUUCCUCGAGUUCGGCCAGAUCUAUCAGUCAGAGAUGAUGGGUGGUGUGAAGGAUAAUGACCCCAAAGUAGCGCUAACAGCCUUUGUCCUGAUCGCCAUGCAGGAGUCCUCUCACAUCUGCGUGACCAGAGUAGCUAGCCUGCCAGGCAGUAUGCGGCAAGCCAAAGAAUUCCUGUUGCGAAAUAUCCGUACACUGACCAACACGUACGCUGUAGCCCUGACCUCCUACGCACUGGCGAAUGAGAGACUGCAUCACCUGGAUAUCCUGAACCGCUUCUCAAAUGACAAAACAUCCUGGCGAGUCAGUGGCAAUCACCAUUUCACUUUGGAGGCCACUGGCUAUGCUCUGAUGGCCCUGGUCAAGGCCAGCCAGUUUGAUCAGGCUGCUCAUGUGGUCAAGUGGCUGACAGAGCAAGGGUUCUACGGGAGCUUUGGGUCCACCCAGGCUACCGUCAUAGUCUUCCAGGCCAUCGCUUUGUACAUGACGGAAUCGCCUGCAAAGAGCCCGACUAAUCUGACAGUGACUCUGUCUGUGGCUUCACGCAUCAUACCCGAAAAAUGGUUCUACAACCGCGACACGAUGCACAUCACCCGCUCAACCAAGGACCGGGGAAAUGAGAAAAUAGCAUUCAAUGCUACAGGAACUGGCCAAGGGACUCUGUCAGUGAUGACAAUAUACCAGGCUUUGCAAGAGGAUGAUGAAGCAGAUUGCACUGAUUUUAACCUGGAGGUUAAGCUAGAAAAGCAGACAACAGUUACCUACCCAUUAGCACAAGAGACGUACAUGCUCAGAAUUAACAUGAUGUACAAGUCCUUCAAAAGGGACUCCACCAUGUCUAUUCUGGAUAUCAGCAUGCCCACAGGCUUUACUGCAGAUGAGGCAGAGCUUAAACUGUUAACCUCAGGAAUGGACCAGUACAUCAAGAAGAUUGAGAUGGACACAAAGCUUUCAGAGAAGGGCUCCAUUAUUUUAUACCUGAAUAAGGUUUCCCACAGGCUGUCUGACCGAAUUGCCUUCAAGAUACAUAAGAUAAACAAUGUGGGUCUGCUUCAGCCAGCUGCUGUUACCUUGUACGAGUAUAACUCUAAGGAAAGCCACUGCACUAAGUUUUAUCACCCGGAGAAGAAGGACGGGGCGCUGAAGAGGAUCUGCCGGGAGGACGUGUGUCGCUGUGCAGAAGAACACUGCAGAUACGAGAAGAAGGAUGAACCCCGCGCCAUUACUGCCUGUUCAUCUGACAUGGAUUACGUGUAUAAGGCCAAAGUGAUGGAGGCGCACCGGACUCUCACCCAUGACCGCUUCACUCUUCUGGUAAUGACAACCAUCAAAGAAGGCACAGACUCUGCUGUGGAGGGGAAGAACCGAACCUAUUUAGCCCACAUCGAAUGCAGAGGGCCAAUAGAUCUAAUCGAAGGAAGGACCUAUCUGAUCAUGGGACCGUUUUCAAGUCUUGCAUACCAGGACAGGGGAGCCGUGGGGCCCCACGGGUCCACAUUGACACCCAGGGUGGAUUACAUAUUGAGUGGACACACCUAUAUUGAGUACUGGCCCACAGACUCGGAGUGCCAAGAGGAAAAAUUCCUGACGACCUGUAAAGACAUCGUGGAGGCCACAGAGAAUGUCCGCACAAACGGAUGCACCGCCUAAACUUGUGUGCGCCUCAAAUACGCACAUAUCUUUAAAACUGCUUUGCUUUUGCCCCACUGCAUUUUUGUCAAACUGCUUGAGUAAAUUUGAAUAAACAUGUAGUCUGCUUUAGGUGAA